CCAGGACUCUCGGGGAGGGAGAAUUCCUUCGAUUUUCGGUAGGUGAUCAGGCCUAUCGAUUGAAGAUUUGCAGACGUCGCCAACGCCAACCUUUAGAAAGGGGAUGGCGUAAGGCGUCAAGUAGCGUUAUCACAUAUCCGUGAGACUGUGACCUUCGACCCCCUCCAUCCUAACGACAAGUGGCUGGUAUAAGCUGUGUGCCUCACAGUUGAAAAAUUUGAUCAGUGAAUCGGACCUCUUCUCGCUGUAUGGUAUGAGCUGUGUGCUUUAAGUCACAGUUUUUGAUCAGUGAAUCGGACCUCUUCUCGCUGUAUGGUAUAAGCUGUGUGCCUUGAGUCACAGUUGAAAAACUUGAUCAGUGAAUCGGCCCUCUUCUCGCUGUAUGGUACCGCUUGUGCGCAUAGUGUUUGUUGUGCUCCAGAAUCCAGAUCAUCUGCCUCACCCGGUUGAGUGAAAGCUUUUAAAUUCCUGACGAAAGUCUUGGUCUACACUGUAGGACGAUGGGUAUAAGAGGACUUCAAAGUUUUAUUGAGCGAAAUUGUCCGCCAAACUGCGUCCAACGCGUAGACAUCGCAGAGCUAGCAGAGGACUUCAGGGAGUCGCAUCAGGAACAGCCAACAAUAGUAUUUGAUGGAGCAUCUAUACUGCGAUUUAUAUAUAAUGGGCUGGAUUGGGUAUCGGGUGGCCAAUUUACUGAGUUUUUUGAGGAACUUGAGAAAUUUGUGAGCAAAUUCAAGGCAAUUGGAAUAAAACCAGUUGUUUUCUUUGGAGGAACGAAGCAUAAUGAUGAUACCUAUGAGGAGUGGAGGGAGAAGAGUUUCAAAAAAUUAGAAAAGGUUCAUGAAUUGUUUGGCGAUUUAGAACGGCGUUCAGCUGAUGCCGUGAAUGCAAACAGCCAACUUUUCCGAUUCCCUGUGAACCUUGGCGUGUCCCUCUAUUUAAAGGAAAAACUUAAUACUGAGAUUAAGAUUGUGGCGAAUCAUGAGUCUGAAAUUGCUGAAUAUGCAAAAACGAAAAAUUGCAUGGCCAUUUUUGGUCAAGACACAGACUUUCUAAUAUACGAGGGAGCUCCAUAUUACCUAUCGGCACAGCAUUUUGAUCUUGAAACAAUGACAACGCGCCACUAUGAUCAGAAAAACUUGGCAAAACAUUUGGGAAUCAGGAUAAGCCAAUUGCCACUUCUAGCUGCUUUGGCCGGAAAUAAUGAAGAGCUGAAGAGAUUUCACACAUCCUUGUGCAGAGGGUAUGCGCGGUUCGACCGGCUAUUUCCCGCGUUGGGAAAAUACAUCUCAACUUUGCCUGCUGACAAAUCUUUAAUUGGAGCUCUACCUCAAAUUGCAAACCGCGUAUUUGGUGACGAAAGUCAAUCGGAAAUUCUCUUGCGAAGCAUUUGUGCUUAUUUACCAAAACCUGAGGAAGAUCUUGAUGAUGAAAUCGAUUAUCCUCACUGGAGAAAUAUCCUCAAAAAGGCUGAAGAGCUUCAUAAGGAAGGAGAAAACAGCGCUGUCAUUCUCAAUGUAAUGACGGGUAGGCCUUACAGGUGUUCAGUGGUAACCGAAGAUCUUAGAAGGCAAGAUCUGCCGCCUUCAGCUGCCUGCUUGAGGUCGUUAAGGCAAAGGAUGUAUGGCAUUUUAUUGAUGGAAAAACCAGCGGAUUUGAAACCUCGAUUUGUAGAGGAAUGGAGUCCAGAGAAGGGUGAUAUAUCCCGAGUUGCACAUUCACAUUUAGUGAGACCCACACUACCUACAGAUCACCAUCCGGGAUUGUUAGCGCUUUGGGGCGACGACCGUACUGAAAAAAUGCAAACUAUUAGAUGGAGAUUGUUCGCAGGUGUCAUAUCUCCAAAACUCAAUCCUGAAAUCCUUUCCGAUCUUCCGGAAAACUUAGUUUUACCCUAUGCUGCUCUCUUCUACCUAUACGAGGAGAAAGUGCUCUAUAAGUGGGAAAUAGAGACUCUGCUUUUAAUAUCAUUAAUUUUACCCUCAAUGUCGUUGCAAUCAUUGAGGGAUUUACCAUCUGGGCCUAUCAAUGGGAGGGGUGUACAAGUGGCAACGAUUUACAUGAGAUCGUUGCAAACAACAGUUCGGCUCAUGAGUGCCUGUGGAUUUCCUCUCUCAAGAAAGGAGGUUUAUCAACAUGCUUACUUUGAUGGGAAACUCUUUCAAGUAAAAUACCAUCAAAUCCAGAGUGAACCAUCUGUUGCUUCUCUGUGCGAAAAUAAGACUUUACUUUCUGACGCCUAUAGUGCACUUCGAAGCAAUUUCUUCAAAGAAACCUAGAGAACUUGCUUGGGCACUUAUCAGUUAAGAGGAGGUAUGGUAUAUUCCAUUUACCGAUUGUUAUUAUCCAGGUUCCAUUGAUUCUCUCAUUUUAUCCUCAUUUUCUUUAAUUUCCACAUGCUGUAAUUCUAGAUACCUUCGUAACAGUUCAACAUACUUUCCAGAAAUAGCUCUAGUUGUUCAGAUCCUAUAAAUUUGUGAAGACAGAUUGUGUUCCUUCAUUUUUUUUUUUUUUUUUUUUUUUGGUCUUCAACAAAAUGUUUCUUUAAUCCAGUUCUUAAAGAAACUUUAUGAAAUUUUGAAUCCAUAGACACAAUAUAUGAAAAAGAAAAUUAAACGGAAUUUUCAAAUAAUACACUUUACAAAACAAUGAUAGUCGAGAGCCUUGACUAUGCGUUUUUGAAUAAAAUAAGCUAUUAAUCAGCAAAA